UGACAGCCCAGACACAAUCUGGCGGAAAGAAACGUCAGUGCUUUCUUCAAUGCACACUGCGCUGAUAGCGCAGACUGUUGGCCCGCCCCUACCGGGAUUCUACGGAUAGUUCGCAAGAGGCGUUGGUGAAUGACCUGCCUUUCGUGUGUUGACGUAAACCAGAAGUAUUUUUUCUCUUUUUUUUGGUACCGAGCGAAGGGGAGAUGCACACGGCACUCGAGUGAGGGGACCAGAAUUAAGGGGACAAUGCGAGUCCAAGCGCACACCAAGUUCUGUUUCCUGUGUGUGCUCACCUUCCUCUUCCAUCAGUGCAACCACUGCCUUGGAGACGGGCACAGCAGACUUCAGCAUACCAAUCACAGCCGUGUCCACAGUGACCUGCAGAUUUCUGAGGCUCCAUACGUAAAAGGACCCACUUUGUCCCCGGAGCCUGCAAGUCGCGAAGGGCACUCUUUAGAGGAGGAGCAGCGCUUCUACAUCCAGCAGCUGUUCAGGCGCUACGGCCAGAAAGAUAGGCUUGAUUUCCAGGGAUUUCAGAGCCUGCUGUUUAGCUUGGGCCUGGGUGAAGUGAAGGUGGUAGAUGUAGAUCAUGAGGAGCUAGGCCAUGACCAUGUAGCACACCUCGACCUGGUGGAUGUGCAGGAUGGGCUUCACUCACAUUCAUCCACCAAUGACGGCCAUAGCCAUGGCCAUGGCCAUGGGCACGGUCAUCCACACCACAAGACCGGCUCCCAUCAUCCACUCACAGAACAAGAACCGACAAAGUGCAACCAACAGACCACUGCUGCCAGUCCGUCUGCUGGUGCACCUACAGGACAUGAUCACCCUCAUAGGCGUUAUGCAGAACAUGAUAGAAGAAAAGAUGAUAGUGAUCAUAAACACUCUAAUGGACAUGUGCAGGGCACACAUGAUCAAGCACAUAACAAGGAGCACAAACAUGGGCAGGUACAGGUGGACUCUAACCACAAGGACCUGUCUUCUCAACCUCACAGUGACCACGGUCAAAGUGACAAUAUUGUCCCCGAAGUGCAGAAAGUCUCAGCCGUUCCUCCCCUCAGCCGGGAACAACAACUCUCUUUCCAGUCACAGCCGUCCCCAGACCCUCAGGUGCCACAGCCCACUCUUCCCACCAUAGGAAGUCGGCCCAAGAAGCCGGGAAAGCCAGGCAGGGUCAGAGGACAGCGAGGGCAGAACAAAACUACUCCUCUCACACCUCAGCCUGAUGACCAAGACCAUCAGUCUGAGGACAGUCAUGGCCAUGGUCACAGUCACGGUCACAUCCAUUUUCAUAAAGAUAAGAGAGAGGCAGCUGGAGGGCCUGCCAUCCCCACUUUGCCAGUCCCGGUCUUGUCUGGCCACCCAGAAGGAGUGGUUCACCAACAUGAGGAGUGUUUGAACCUGACUCAGCUCCUCGCCUUCUACGGCCUGAGUCCCGAUUCGCUCAUCUCGCCCAGCCAGUUCACCUACCUGUGUCCUGCCCUGCUUUACCAGAUAGACAGUCGUGUCUGCAUCCGCCAUUACCACCAGAUGGAUGUAGAGCAGAAAGCUUUGGAGCCCGUCAGUUCCGUGUGGGUGUGGCUCUGGGGGUUUGUGUCCAUCACCAUCAUCAGCCUGCUAUCUCUGCUGGGCGUGGUGCUCGUACCCAUCCUCAAGCAAUCCUGCUUCAAGUUCCUGCUCACCUUCCUGGUGGCGCUGGCCGUGGGCACGCUCAGUGGCGACGCUCUCCUUCACCUGUUGCCUCACUCCCAGGGACAGCAUGACCACAGCGAGCCUGCGACGAGUCGUGACACUGAUCUGGUAACAGCCUUUGAUGGGGUGUGGAAGGGCCUAACGGCGCUGGCCGGCAUCUACCUCCUCUUCAUCAUCGAACACUGUAUCGGCAUGUUCAAGCACUACAAAGACCACAGGGGCAUGAAGAAGCGGAGCGAGGAGGGCAAGAUUGGCAGGAAGUUGUCUGAUCACAAGUUAAAUCGGCGAUCAGAUGCAGAGUGGCUGCACUUGAAGCCGCUCAGUGAAGACCCUGACAGCACCGCCGUCUCCUGCGACAACGGUCACAACGACACGCAGCUCACAGAGCUCCAGACGCCCGACUCUCCCACCAACAAGACGCCGCUGGCACCCACAAUGCCCCAACAAGAGCACCGGUCGCCCACUAAGGAGAACGGACGCAAGGCCAAGAAGCACGGCCACUCGCACGGCCACGGCCACUCUCACGGUGGGAACUGCCACUCAGACCAGGAGAUGAAGGACGCCGGUAUAGCCAGCAUCGCCUGGAUGGUCAUCAUGGGCGAUGGCAUGCAUAACUUCAGCGACGGCCUGGCUAUAGGCGCAGCAUUCAGUGCCAACCUGACAGGAGGCAUCAGUACAUCAGUGGCUGUUUUCUGCCAUGAACUGCCUCAUGAACUUGGUGACUUUGCGGUGCUGCUGAAAGCGGGGAUGUCAGUGAAGCAGGCCAUUGCCUACAAUCUGCUGUCUGCCCUCAUGGCCUACGUUGGCAUGGUGAUUGGCACAGCUGUGGGCCAGUACACACACAAUGUCACCAGCUGGAUCUUUGCCAUCACGGCUGGCAUGUUCCUUUAUGUGGCUCUGGUGGAUAUGCUGCCAGAAAUGCUUCACGGGGACAGUGAGGACCACAAGCGCUGCCAGCUGGGACACUUUAUCCUGCAGAACCUGGGCCUGCUGACCGGGUUCGGCAUCAUGCUGCUCAUCGCCAUCUUCGAAGACCGCAUUGUUUUUGAUUUUGGCUUUUAGUGGAGAAGUAGAGAAGGGGGAGCUGGACCUGGAUGUAUCAAUAUUGUUCUUCUUGGCCUUAACACGCUUUGUUUGCAAUGUAACGGCCCAGUCUUGCAUGCAUUGUGGGUCCCGUUCACAGCCACCAUUCCAAACCAUGCAGCGGUAGUUUAUGCAUAUCUCAUGAUUCUGCCAGUGAUGUUUACUCUCCGCUCUUCCAUUACCUCUCUCAGCUCCAAUCUGUCUCCUCCCUGUGAAGAAAAAACAAAUAAAAACAGGUCCACUGAAAGACGAGGUAGACUUCAUGCCUCCUCUGCUUUGAACCCAACCCUCCAUCUUAAAAGAGAGCUGUAGACAGGUAGCACAGGAAGGAAGCGUGCUCGUUUCGGCCGAGGCAGCAGUCACGGCCCAGCAGCGCACCGCUAUGCAUCCAUCACCUGUUGUUAGUGUGUUGUCGCCGUACACCCCCCCCCCCCCCCCCCCCCCCCCCUCUCACCUCUCCUAUCCACCUUGUGCUGUGUCCCAUCACCCAUGCCUCGUACAUCUGUGGUGUGUGUUCCACCCUGCCACCCAUCUGAUGCCGUCAGGCUAUGUAUCAAACAUCUCGUGUCUGUCUGUGCCGAGCCCUGGCCACUGGAGCAGCACCGCAGCAGUGCCGGGGGCUCAGCGUAGCUAGCUUCUACAUCUGGAAUAAACCUUGUAGCUCUUGUUGCCUUACCUUCAAAAUAUGUCGACAAGCUAUAAACUGCAGGGUCAAAAUAGACAAGUGUUGCCUGAUUUUCCGUGGUCGAUCAUUGAAUCGGCCUAGUGUCGUCGUUUUUGCUGCAGCUUUCUCGAUCUAUCACUUGUGAGUUAUGUUUACCGUCUAAUUAGAUGUUGGGGAUUAUUAUUAAACCUUUGUAGUUCAUAGUUCUAGCUAACACAGCUGCCAACGCCUUUACAAAUUAGCCUUUAACAUUUGAAUGUUUUUGUUUAGAGACUAGAUGCCACAAACGUCAGACGGAUUAAUAAGGCCUUGGUAAUCUGUAGCCAGAGGAGCCAUAUCGUUGUCGGGCCUUCACAUUAAACCUUUUUUUACAGGAAUCAGGAGCUUCAGAAAAAAAGAACCGUCCCUUCCUGUCUCAAUUCAAGUGUUGUAGUGUACCAGAUGUAUUUAGGGAGCCUCUUUGAGUUCCUAAAAGGUGCUUUUUCCUCUAGUGGACAUUUCUUUACAGCAGGAGUUGGAGUGGUCACACUAAUGCAGAUUCUUUCUGAUGUACUGUAAAUACCUGAAGUCUUGAUAGUGUCAAUCGUUGAGCAGCUAAAAGCUGAUUCUUGUUGCUGCUAAAUACUAGUUUAAAAAAAGUACUUCUGUUAAAGAAUCAAUUUACUUCUUGACAAUCUUAAAGAGACCAAUCAAAAGACAGUGUUCUUGUAUCACAGCAGAACAAUAUACUGUGUGACAGCAUUCCCUACCAGAGUUUUAAAACCGUAGGAUAAGGAUUAGUGUGUGUGUGUGUGUGUGUGUAUAUAUAUAUAUAUACACACACACAUACUGUAUAUACAGUGUAUUUUCAAUCAUUCCUCUGGUAUGUUUCUGAGGGUUUAACUCUGCUGACUGUGCCAAAACUGGCCCAAAGUGUAGAUUUCAGUGGCUGGUGCUUGACACUUCGCCUUCCCAUCUUUUCCCCUCCCCCCCCCCCUACAUUCCAUUGGCUGUCCAGCGGCUCACAUGCUAUGCUAGUUAGCCUAGUGUCAGCUGCUGGAGCACACAAAUAAUGUGUGUGGCUUCAUUUAUCCUGUCACUGUGUGACAUCCAUCAUCUAUGUCUCAACUGGCUGUAAAUCAUUGUCAGACACAUUGGACUUGUGUUAUUGAUCUGACUGAAUCAUGCAUGAAGCAUGAGGGAAAUGGUACAGACAUUGUGUUGAGUGUAAAUUUGUUUUUGUUCUUUGUUCCGAAAAGUUAAACUAUUGACAACCUUUGUUACUUUUUUAAAUGAAUUGUGGCGAGACCAUGAGGAAUUCUUUGGGGUGUAGUGUAGGUGGUAUUAUGAGACUUGAUACAGGUGUGAGGACACAUACAUUUCUGCAUCACUUCUAUCUUUUUACAGACGUUUAUUAUUUAGUCUUAUGUUCAACACGACCCAAAUGUAUUUUCAUAACUUUAAGCACCAAGUAAAGUAAAACAUUUUCUGUUUUUUAAAAUAUGAGUUUAUUCAGUUGUUUGCUACAAUAUGCAUUUUGAUUGUGCUUUUUGUAUUUUAAAAGAUUACAAUCCUUUUUUGAAACAUUAUUUCUCUUUUGAGUUUCUGUAUUGUCUGUAUAAUUAAAAUCUAAACUGUCAAGUGUGCCCUAACAGUCAGUGACACUUGCCCCAAAGAACAAGCUUCUUCACUUCUUUUUUUGCAAAGAACUGUCUGUAAAAUGAAGGUCUAUGAUUGUUCUCAUUUUUGCUUUGUUGUAUGUAUGUUUGUUUAGUAUGCUGGAUAUAAAAUACAAAGUGUGACAUCCUUGCUGUUUGCCUGUGCAUUCUCUUCAUUACAGAAGGAAAAUAAACUCUGAAAAGAUC